CAAUUUAAUACGAGGGCUUGUUGUACCAAAGGUUUGCAAAGGUGUGCACUGUGGAGAUCAGUGCAACAUGCUGGGUUCUUUGGUGCUGAUUUGGAUUUUUAUUCUGUUCCUCUUCCUUUUCAUCAGGAUCCAGAGGCCCAAGAACUUUCCUCCUGGACCUCGGCCUGUGCCCAUAUUCGGGAAUCUGUUUGAGCUGAACAUCACCAAUCCUCUGAAAGACUUUGAGAGGUUGGCUCAGCGCUAUGGCAACGUUUACAGCUUUUACUUUGGAGCAAGACCAACAGUGGUUCUUACUGGUUUGAAGGCUGUGAAGGAAGCUCUGGUGACCAAUGGCGCAGACUUUUCAGGACGUCCACAAAACCUCCUGGUCAGCGAUGCAACGGAAGGGAAAGGAAUCGUAUUAGUUGACUAUGGUCCUACAUGGAAGGAGCAUCGGCGCUUUGCCCUCAUGACCCUGAGGAACUUUGGAAUGGGGAAGCAGUCAAUGGAGGACAGGAUUCUGGGAGAGACUGAACAUCUUGUUGCAUGCUUAGAGAAAAGUGCUGGAGGCGUCAUAAAUCCUCAGACUUUGUUCCAUGAUGCUGCAUCAAAUAUCAUUUACCUGGUUUUAUUUGGCACUCGCUACGACUACGAGGAUGACAACCAUAAAAUAUAUGUUCAAUGCUUCACUGAAAAUAUGAAGAUCAUCAAUGGACCCUGGGGAAUGAUCUAUGAUACACUUCCUAUGCUGAGAUCUCUGCCUCUUCCCUUUAGGAAGGUCUUCAAAAACUUCCACACUGUUGAGAAAAUGGUUCUGAACAUGAUCAUUAAACACAAAACAACAAGGGUCCCAGGAGAGCCAAGAAACUUUGUUGACUGCUAUCUGGAUGAGCUUGAUAAGAGAGAUGAUGGAUCUUCCUUCAAUGAGAGACAACUUGUGAGAUACAUUGUUGAUCUUCAUAUUGCUGGAUUAGAUACCACCGCCAACACCCUCCUAACAGCAUUCCUCUACCUCAUUACUCGUCCAGACAUUCAAGAGAGAUGUCAGCAGGAGAUUGAUGAGGUUCUGGAGGGUAAAGCUCAUGCAUGCUUUGAGGAGAGACUCAACAUGCCGUACACACAGGCUGUGAUCCAUGAAUGUCAGCGUAUCGCCAAUACAAUCCCAACUGCAUUUCACUGCACCAGCAGAGAUACUGAACUGAUGGGUUACAGCAUCCCAAAGGGUACUAUCAUCAUCGCAAACCUCACCUCAGUGCUGAAUGAAGAGGGCCAGUGGAAGUUUCCUCAUGAGUUCAAUCCAGCUAACUUCCUGAAUGAGCAGGGACAGUUCGAGAAGCCUGAGGCCUUCCUACCCUUUUCUACUGGGCCUCGUAUGUGUCUCGGUGAAGGUCUGGCUCGCAUGGAGCUCUUCCUCAUCUUGGUCACUCUGCUGCGCCGGUUUCAGUUCUUCUGGCCUGAAGAUGCCGGCGAACCAGACUUCACUCCUGUAUAUGGAGUCACACUCACACCCAAACCGUACAGGAUGGGGGUCAGACUGAGACAGCCAGCUAGAGAAAUGUAGAGCAGAUUCCAAAACUAGUGUAAUGAAAAUGUCUUGGUAAUUUAUGGUACAAUAAAAUUGUUCAGCAUAGUAUAAAGCAGAAAUACAGGAGAUUAGAUUAGAUCCAAUAAUUGGAAUUUAUGUGCAUGUAAUAUGCAUAUUAAGGAAAUAUUAAGAAAAUAAUGAAGAAUAAAAUAUAAAAAUUAAACAUAUUAUACUCUCACUAGGAUUUAAUAACUAGCAUUUCUUAACUCAAAGACUCAUAGGAAUCCACAGCAGGUACAACGGUUUUGCAGGGUAGUAGGUCUUCAGCAGCAACAUUAAGAAAUACUGUCCUAGAUAUAAAGAACUUCACAAACUGUAAAAAACUAAUAAAAAAAAGGUACAACAAGGGGUUUCAAGGUCCAAUUGUUUAAGGUCCAUGAAUAAAAGCCUGGAGAGGAGACGGGGUGUGUGGAGUCCAUACAACUUAUAAUAAAACAAAGGAAAAAAAAA